AUUCACAUCCUCCUCAGCAACAGUCGACACCCCAACAACCACAACAUCAGCCCCUGGGAAUUAGUUGGGACCAUCCUGCUCUGCAUUCGCAAUCUUCUCACCGUGAUUCGGCCCAUGGACUGUAUCAGUCAGCAACACCGCAGUCAUGGCAGCAGAAUCCGUUGCAUCACCAACCCAUGGUCCCCCCAACACCGCAGGACCUUGGGAUAUCUUCUCAGUAUCGCCAGGUUCCGCAAUAUGCUCAGGGACAAGUGACUUUUGACUCCCGGGCGGUCGCCGCGCCGGAUAAUGCUCACUAUCAGUCCUACUCGUUCUCCCCCAACUUCUAUACUCCACAACACAUACCUAUCCCGGAUGCAUUCCCACAAACACACUCACCACAGCCCUCUCAGCAGUCGUCUCGACCUGCUUCAUAUCAGCCACAGCAGCUCCAUCAGAACUCGUUAUCGCAAUAUACGAUCACCCCCGGAUUCCCUGACGACCCCACACAUCCCUCGCUCAGCUUUCCAAAUGAAUUUACACAGCCUCAACGUGCUCCGGAGCAGACAAUCAACCCACAGUUCAUCAGUACCCCGCAGCCCAUGAAUCAGAGCUCCUCGCUCAACAACCAAAACCAGUUUGUUUACGUAAAUCCUGCUGAGGAUCCAAAAAUGUUCAGUUAUUUCCCGGAUAAUGUACAUCUGCAGCCGAUUUUACCCCAACCUGAAGUGAAUAAUUCCCUCGCUUCUGAUCAUAUUUCGACGGUUGGAAGUCCUGCCAUUAAUGGUAUCAAAUCCGUACCAGCAAUUGCGCCGGCUAAACCGGCGCCUUCAAAAACAAAACAAGCGGGGAUCAAGAAGCAGCCUGUGACUAAGAAAGCACCUGCCAAAAAGGCAGAUGGGAAGGGCUCGGCCUCUUCCAGCUCAGAUAGCUACGAGUCUGACUCGGAUCUUGAAAUUCAGGAACCAGAGGAGCCAUCACCUCUGCCUCCUACUCGUCCUGCUGAGCCCGAAGCUGCCGCACAGUACGAUGUCCUACAGGCUGUGUGGUCUCCGCGUAAUAGACGGCCCAAGGUCGACAAGGUUAAGGCUGCAUUAGUUGCAUUCAAAGACGUUGUUAAAAACCUUAGGGAUUCGUGGAAAGAGACUGCUCAAGCUCUAAAAGCGGCGGAAAAUAAGGGUGAAUCCAGCGAUACGGCUCAACUAAGAAAACAAGUUGCUCAUCAACGACGUCUUAUGGAGGUGGCUGUGAUUGCGACCCUUGAGAAGGGCCACCCCAUGAUUGUCGAAAAGUAUGUUAUUCCCCUUCUCCUUGGUUUUGCGUACCUGGCAUAUUGUCGCCAUGGCCAUAGAAGUCAGAAACGAAUUGAGAGAAUCUCUCACGUAAUCUCCCUAAUAUGGUUGCCAUCAUGUCUUAAAGAAUCUUAUAGAGGAAGAGUGAGCUUGACUUUGCGCUGA